AUGGCACAGGCGCAAUGGCAGGGGACACCUCAUGUCAAAGGCUCGAGCGAGUCCAUGCGCAUGGUGCUUUUGACAUUCAGCUUGAUCGGUUUGCAAUUCACAUGGGGAACUGAGAUGACUUACUGCACUCCGUAUCUGUUGCAGCUCGGUCUUACCAAAAGCAAGCUCUCGCUUGUUUGGAUAGCUGGACCAUUAUCAGGACUGAUCAUGCAGCCGAUUGUCGGUAUCAUGGCCGACAAGAGCACCUCGAAAUGGGGUCGUCGACGACCUGUCAUGGUCGGUGGUACGGUCAUUGUGAGCAUCUGUCUACUGAUUCUGGGCUGGACGAAAGAGAUUGUUGCUGCAUUCGUUGAAGAAGGGGAACUGCGCCGUGAAGCCACCAUCUUUCUGGCCGUGUUGUCGAUCUAUGCUCUUGACUUUGCUAUCAAUGCUGUUCAAUCUUCAUGUCGCAGUCUCAUCGUAGACACUUUGCCCAUCCCAAAGCAACAACUGGGCUCUGCGUGGGCAAGCAGAAUGGUGGCUGUUGGUCAUCUCAUCGGCUAUGGAGCCGGUGCACUGGAUCUGGGCUUAAUCUUUGGGACACUUAUUGGUGACACACAGUUCAAACAGCUCACUGUCAUUGCAGCCGUGGCUCUCAUCGUAGCCAUUGGAGUUACAUGCUGGGCUGUCGAGGAGCGUGUGCUUCUGGUCAGAGGAGAAGGUGUAAAGGAUGAGGGCCUGGUUGCGGUGCUUACGCAAAUCUUCAAGACCACCAAGAAUCUACCCAGGCGGAUUCAAAUGAUCUGCUGGAUCCAGUUCUGGUCAUGGAUAGGAUGGUUCCCGUUCCUCUUCUAUUCCACAACCUGGGUUGGAGAAAUAUAUCUCAGAUACGAUGCGCCUCCAGAUGUAAAGAACUCGAAGGAUCCGCUAACCGACAUCGGCCGGGUGGGAAGCAUGUCGUUGAUUGUGUUUUCCAUUGUCACAUUCAUUGGCUCAAUCACGCUGCCAUGGAUGGUCAAAUCUCCAGAGGAUGAGAAGCCAGAUUUUACGCCCAGACCUCCUGCAAGCAUUGCGCCAAUUGUGAGGACUGUGGUGGAGCGCAAGCCCAGCCUGUUGACUGCCUGGACGGUAUCACACCUCAUCUUUGCAGGAUCCAUGGUCUUUGCUCCGUUCGUCACCUCGUUACGUUUCGCGACAAUCUUGGUUGCGGUUUGCGGAAUACCGUGGGCUCUCGCUUGCUGGGCUCCUUUUACCUUCAUGGGUGUCGAGAUCAGCAAGCUCGGCAGCAGCUUACCUACCGCAAGACGCGGCAGUCACCAAUACCAGAGAGUACCGGACGAUUCCAUCGAGAUGAGCUCGGAGGCUAGAAGUGUCGGAAAGCACGAGGACUCUGCCAAUGGUGAGCUUGCUGGUAUCUACCUAGGCAUCCUUAACUUGUACACCACGCUACCCCAGUUUAUUGCUACUGGUAUCUCGAUGGUGGUGUUCACAGUGCUCGAGCCUGGCAAAAGUCCGGAACUGGCAAAGGAUGCCCACCCGGAUGAGCAUCACAGUACAGAAGGUUACAACGGCAUAGCGGUGUGUUUGUUCAUUGGAGCUCUGUGCUCUGUCGCGGCUGCAGUCGCAACUCAGAGGUUCAAGAAUACCACAUAA